GGAGGCGUGAGCUCCUGCUUUUGACAUUCUCUCAGCAGUAGCGUCUCCUCGAGGCAAACUCUUAUGACAUCACCCAGCCACUGAAUGGGGGAAGUUCUCGUUUAGAAAGAGAGAGAGAAAAAAAAAACAUUUUUCUGUGGAUAAACAGUGUUAAGAUACGAGAACACUGUGCAGUUUCAGAAUGCAACUUCAAUCGAAAAAAAUACGUUAAAAUGCUGCCAACUUUUUCUUGUCUGUGGGAAUAAUUUGUCUCGAAAACAGCGGAGCGCUGCGCACUACAUCGCCAAAGGGCCGCGCAGCAGCGAAGUAUAGGGCACUUUAAAACUCUUGCAACGCGUGAACUUGCCUUUUUCAAGCAGGAUAAUCUUUCGUUUUGGGGAUAGCGCGGAAAGGCGGCAGGGGGAGACGACUUUUCUCGACUUGAUUUCUCGCCUAUGGACGACGACGGUCCUCUCUCUCCAAAGGCAAAUGCUUUCAGUAUUGCCUCUCUAAUUUCAGCAGCGGAGCAAGCAGGAAACGCAACAUUUGACAAACACGGCACUGGCCCGGACAAGCACGACCAGCGUAACUGCCACAGAUCCUUUAAAAUGCACUACAGUACUGUCACCAGGGAAAUGGAAGCAAUAUCCAGUCCGUGGCUGACGCAGCUGUCCCAUUUUUGCGAUGUUGCAGCCUUCACGACCAGUAGUCUGAGCAGCCUCAAUACGCCGGGGAACUAUCACCUCUCGCCUUCGCCCGGGGACCCGUACAGCCAGCAUGAAGCCCACUUUGAGCCCUGCUCCGCCGCGCAACACACCUACAACUACUCGGCGACGAAUCCGGUCCAGGCCCAGCAAAACGAUACCGGGACGUCGAACUGCUCUUCGUCGUCCUCAAACUCGACGCCCAACAGCAAGUCUCUGAUCAAAAAGAACCCGAAAGUGGCCAACAUAAACGUUCAGCUGGAGAUGAAAGCUCUGUGGGAUGAGUUUAACCAGCUGGGAACCGAGAUGAUCGUUACGAAGGCCGGGAGGAGAAUGUUUCCAACGUUUCAAGUAAAAAUCUUUGGAAUGGACCCUAUGGCUGACUACAUGCUUUUAAUGGACUUCCUUCCAGUUGACGACAAGCGAUAUCGGUAUGCGUUUCACAGCAGCUCCUGGUUGGUAGCUGGGAAGGCGGACCCGGCCACUCCCGGUAGAGUGCACUACCACCCCGACUCCCCCGCCAAGGGCGCGCAGUGGAUGAAACAGAUAGUGUCAUUCGACAAAUUAAAACUCACCAACAACUUGCUGGACGACAAUGGGCAUAUUAUUCUCAACUCCAUGCACAGAUACCAGCCGAGGUUUCACGUCGUCUACGUGGACCCAAGAAAAGACAGUGAAAAGUACGCCGAAGAAAACUACAAGACGUUUGUAUUCGAGGAGACGAGGUUCACGGCAGUCACAGCAUACCAAAAUCACAGGAUCACACAGCUGAAAAUCGCCAGUAAUCCUUUCGCAAAGGGAUUCCGGGAUUGCGAUCCAGAGGAUUGGCCCCGGAACCACCGGCCAGGCUCCCUGCCAAUCAUGAGUGCCUUCGCCCGGACGAGGAACCCCAUGUCAUCGCCCUCACAACACAACGGCACGGAGAAAGAGGACGGUCGGAGAGAGUAUGACCGGGACCCAACCGGAACCCCCAUCCACGCAGACCCCGCCCACCAGCUGAUGUCACGAGUCCUCAGCCCCGCCCUGCCCGUCCCGGGGGGGCUCCACGCAGUGCCCCUCACAGCGGGGCGCCCCAGCCCCCCCCACGAACUGCGUCUGGACGGACACCCGCAGCCCCCCGACACCCUGCACCACCACCCCUACAAGUACCCCACCACCUACGAACACUACCUGGGGGCCAAGACCCGGCCCUCCCCCUACCAGCUCCCCAGCAUUCGCGGGCACAGCUACCACCACAUGAACCCCGCUACGGCUAACAUGUACACCGCCACCAGCGCCCCGGCCAACUACGACUACGGACCCAGAUAAUGACACGUGUUUUUGGGAGGGGGGUGUCUCACUCACUCACUCGUUCGCCCGUUUGUCGGCAUAGCGACCGGAAAAGGUGUGAAAACCAACUGAAAACAGAGAGGGGGCGGGAAAGAAAAGAGGAAUAGCACACUGCGAUGGCCGCCUGGUUUACGCAGUACAAGGUGAGGAGAAAAGAACAGCCUCCCUCCCUCUUUCUCUCCCCAGCGGACGGACGGAUGAAAAGCCGGUGGUAUUUAUUAAGCGUAGCGUGCGUUCACAGGAAGAGAGGGGGUCGGCUGUUUGAGCCCCACCUACGGUCGCACCCCUCCCCUCCGGGACUUUGAGUCGAAAAGGUGUCGGCCACCUUUCAACUGCAGGACAACAGACGGUGAACUUUCUCAGCCGGGAACGCUCUUACGGACAGGGAUAACUCAACAUCACGGACUGGAAUUUUUAUUUUUGUGUUGGAUGCACUUUUUGUUUUUGUUGCUUUAAAAAGUAAGCCAUAUGUUAUUAUUACUCCUGAGCCCAGCAAGCUUCUAGAUAGGCGAGGCAUCUGCAUGGUGAGCUCACUGUUGAGAUGCCUUUAAAAUAAGUUUUGUUUGCAGGAAAAAUGACUUUUUUGACACCCUGGGACAUCCCAAGCUGUACCGACAGCAGGUUGUGCCUCGGCACUAAGUCUGCUGCGGAACUGAGAAGUAAACAGAAUGAAACCAGAGACGUUUUUUUCUGUGCUUUAACUGUAAAAUAAAUAUUAAAUUCUUUACUGUAA